AUGUCGACCUGGCCUGAGCAACUCGCCUUUCCAGGAGCCGAGGUACUGCAUCAUUACCUCAGCCCUGAAGGAAAGGACACCUUCACCUUGGAGGACGCUGCUUGGCCCAAUGUCCAAAGUCACUCGACUCUACCACUGCACGUUGUCCAAGUCUGCGCCGUGGCCAUUCACCGUGAUGAGCUCGAAUUGACCGAAGAAGAACGGAAUGGCCCUAUUCCCGUCCGCAAGAUCCCCGGCUACGAGUUUUCUGGCUAUGUCGUCUCCGCUGCUCCGGACUCGCCCCUGUCUCCCGGGACAGAGCGUUUCGGCAACGCUCGUACCUUCACGGUCGCGAGACUGCACAACAUGGCGGCUAAACCGAAAAGCAUGACCUGGGAGCAGAGCGCAACUGUACCCAUCGGCUUUGUUACUGCCUACUCGGCGCUCUUUCGCUGGGGCCUCCUCCGGGAACCUGGGGACGGGGAAUGGGGCUGGCCGAAGUGGGAUGCGGGUUGGAACGUAUGGACGAGCCUGCUGAUCACAGGGGCCGCGACACCCGUCGGUGUGUGGGCCAUCCAGCUGGCGCGGCUUGCGAGAGUGGGCAGGAUCGCCGCGACUUGCGACGCCAAAGACAUGGACCUGAAGACGGAAGAAGGCAGCCUGAGGAAGUGGGACCAGCCCGGGUUCUCGGCCGUUCUCGAUCUCAUGGGCGGCGAGACAUUGACUCGGACCUGGAGGCUUGUCGCCGCAGACGGAAAGAUCAUUAGCUUGGCCGAGAACGCGGACGAGGCGAAGCCAGAUCUCGUGGAACCGCGCAUCAAACACGCCCCUAACAUCGCUAUGAUGAGGAAGUCCGGAUGGAUGCUUAAACUCUGUGCACGGCUUGCAGAUCGCGGGCUGUUGCAGCCUGUCUGCGACCCCGAGGAUGUAUUUGAGAUUGGGUACUACGACAAAGCUCUGGAGAAGCUUCGCAACCAUACGCGCGGCCAAGUUGUGCUGCAGGUAGACCCGGAGCCUCCUCUCCAGCUGAUCAAAGACCUCGAUCUGUACGGCGACAAAAGUCUGCUCCGCCAGGCCGACUUCAACGAUAAAAAUAUCGAACAAGCAUCCUUGGCAGACGAGCCACUCGAGGCGUUUGAGUUUUCAAGGUGGCUCUUGACCGCGGGAUCGAACGAUCCAAGCCUGCCGCAAACUAUGGUCUUGAGAAAGACCAAGUCAAGCGAGACCAAAGACCAGGACUCGCUCAAAAGGCCACUGGGAUACAUGAGCGCCGACAAGACAUGCGCUGAUGCGUAUGGGGGAGGUGAUGAUAACAUCGAGAAGAGACCGGGCCAAAACGCCCACGAGGCCGGCGAGACGAUAGCGCAACAGCAUUGUCGCCCGCCCGACGCCUCGGUCCCGACACGCCGUCCCAGCGAUGGCGUAGCAGCACUGUCGCUGUCGAAGAAGUAUUGA